CAGGGGUGUAUUAACGAGGGGCGGACGUGAGUUCCCGGCGGAGGAAAUUUCUAUCUCCCCAUCCAAACACCAUCCCACAGAUAUUCCCCAACUCGUCCCGUGGCUUCGUACGGCCGACGGGCGAGCUGGUGAGGCCAAGCUUGAAAGAAAAUUUUGGAAAAUUGUUGGGUGGGUCCUCAAACCCCACGUCAACGGCUUCACCAAACCCGCAUGGUGGCGUCCCACCAGUGAGGUGACUGUAAAUGGCGGACAAUGACAAAUGCUCUCUCUGUACGUAGAGAGAGAGACGGAGAGAAAAAGUAGAGUUUCUGGCGUUGUGUUGCUGAAGAAAGACAUGGGUUCUGCGUGUGCGUGGCUUGGGUGGUUUCCCAGAACCUCUUCGCUCUCGUUUCCUGUUGCUGCCGAGUUGCCUACAUUCGCAAGUGGUGGGAAUGCUAGGAAAAGUGACAGUUUCAAAAAGGGUCGUUUUUUAACAAUCCAGGUUUCAAGUGGAGAAGAGUGGAACAGCAUAGAAAGAUGCCGUGUUGUUGGGUUUCAGCAGCAUCUUAUAAAGCAUCAUACUGGAAGUAUUCGGAAACAAUCUGCAAUCUACAAGAGACAAUAUAGAAAGUAUCUGGUGAAUGCAGCUUCUGGACAUCCUGUUGAAUCGGACCCUGAAGCUUUUAAUCAGAAUAAAACUUGGGUAUCUGUGAAAAAUGCCUUGGAUGCUUUCUACAGGUUUUCGCGACCUCACACAGUUAUAGGAACAGCACUGAGCGUAAUCUCGGUUUCUCUUCUUGCUGUCGAGAAGUUGUCAGAUUUUUCUUUAUUAUUUUUCACUGGUGUCUGGGAGGCCCUGGUAGCUGCCCUUUUCAUGAAUAUUUAUAUUGUUGGACUAAAUCAGUUGUCUGACAUAGAGAUAGACAAGGUUAACAAGCCUUACCUUCCGUUGGCAUCAGGGGAAUAUUCUGUUGGCACUGGCAUAAUGAUUGUUACAUCCUUUUCCAUUAUGAGCUUUUGGCUAAGCUCGGUUGUUGGUUCAUGGCCAUUAUUCUGGGCACUUUUCAUCAGUUUUGUACUUGGAACGGCAUAUUCAAUCAACCUGCCAUUGUUGAGAUGGAAGAGAUUUGCUUUAGUUGCAGCAAUGUGCAUCCUAGCUGUGCGGGCAGUGAUUGUCCAAGUUGCAUUUUAUUUGCAUGUUCAGACUUAUGUGUACAGGAGACCCAUUGUCUUUCCAAGGCCUCUGUUCUUUGCAACUGCAUUCAUGAGCUUCUUCUCAGUUGUUAUUGCAUUGUUUAAGGAUAUACCUGAUAUUGAUGGAGAUAGAAUAUUUGGUAUCCAAUCUUUUACAGUAAGAUUGGGUCAAAAGCGAGUAUUUUGGGUUUGUAUUUUGCUGCUUGAAUUAGCUUAUGGUGUUGCCAUUUUAGUUGGAGUGACAUCUUCCUGCCUUUGGAGCAAAUUCAUCACGGUUUUGGGUCAUGCUAUUUUGGCUUCAAUUCUAUGGAACAGAGCCAAGUCCAUUGAUUUGAAGAGUAAAGCUGCAAUAACAUCCUGUUACAUGUUCAUUUGGAAGCUUUUUUAUGCUGAGUAUCUACUCAUACCACUUGUAAGGUAAAAAUGUUGUUAUGGGAUUACCACUUGGCUGAUGUCUCCUUUGCUCCAAGAUACAAAUAAGAGACUACAAUAUGUGUUACAUGGGAUCUUUGGGUUGCUUGUUUAAGUGAACAAAGGUAUUAAGACAUGGAGAAACAAAAUCAAAAGCCCCAUGCUAUUUUGUUAGUACUGUUGAUCUUAAUCAAUCAUCACAAUAAUUUGGAUAGUUUAAAUUGGUUACAUAAGUUGGACUGGGUUGUAACAAACUGGUGGCACAAUUUGGUAAAAAAUGGGAGUGGCAGAGAUUUUAAAAAUUAAUGGAGACUUGACUUGAUUAAA